UCUCUCCCCCGAGUCUCUCUCUUCACCUUCCCCGAAGCCGCCAUUCCCAAGAUUAGCAUUUCAGCGCCGGAGCUCGACCUCCCAGAACCCACCCAACGCCCGAGCUCCACUCCGCUCCGCUCCUAGUCACAGCUUCGAGAUCCGGACUGGCAUUUUUCCAGGGUGGUCACUGCCCAAAAUAUAAUAAUCAUUUUUUUGGUUGAGUCUCCGAGCUGCGGAGGCUUUCCAUCCUAGACGACCACUUGGUAAAAGGCACAAGUGUAGUUGUAUCACCUGCCUGCCUGCCUUCCAUGGCUUUGCCUGAUGUGAGCUAGAUAAGCCGGCAUACUGUCUGUCUGUCUGUCUGUUGAAUCUGUCUACUUGGAGGGUGAUGGGGUCGUCUGGUUGCAGCUCUGAGAUAGUCGAGUCCAACGAAGAAUUGGACAAAGCGCCUGUUUCUGGCUCCAGCUUGCUGCAUGUUAAAGUCAAAUCUGAGGACAAAGAUGGAAGGUGCCGUGGUUACGCUGUCGAAGAUGAGCUCGACCAGCUUCUUAAGGCAAUUGAUAGCAGGACAUACCGUCGAGCCCUUAGUCCUGGUCAGGCCGGUGCGGAUUCUUUUCUCAAGAAUGCUCAAAGGAAAACAUCUAGGUCAGCUUCAUCUCAAACUGCUGGCAUCGGGAUAUGCUCUAAGCCUGUUAAUAUGAAGCAGGCGCUGAGAAGGCUUUGCAUUUCCCAGGCAUCAGAAAUGGCUGCGAUGAAGAGGCUGUCCAUGUCGCCUGGGUCAUCCAGUUCAUCAGAAGCUGGAACUAUCCAAAGGCUUUAUGCCUCGUUGAUGGUCCAGAGCAGUGAUGGAAGCCUUGUGCAUGAUGAUGACAAGAUGAACUUGAUUGAAAUAUCAAUCACUCCACAAAAUAUCAGUAAGAAUUCAUCCAGAGGAACAAGUGACUACAGUGAAGACUGUGAUUUCGAGACAGCUGAUGGAAGUGCAGUCACCUCCAUGCAUUCUGCGUCUUCUACCUCAGCUGAUAUACGCAAGGUCAGAAUUCAAGAUGUUAUCAGUGGUGACACUAGAGAAAGCGAGAGCUCUGUUGUGCAAAAUGGAAAAUUGGGUGGAAAAGUUUCUGCAGAUACUGAUGAUACUUCUCCCAGACUCCCUAUAUUGAGCAAACCCAUCACAACAUCCCGGCUUGUGAAGCCAGCUUUUCGAUGCAAAGCCAGCAGUAAGAGUAAAAUGAAAGAAGAACAAUCUUCACUUGGUAAUUCCUCCAAUAGUACUAAAUUCUGCUCUUCAAAGGAGUCCAUUUCCCUUGCAUCAACCAGCUGCUCGUCGGCAUCCAGUGUUACAAAUCCUACCAGCUGUGUGGAACAGGAGACAAAUCCAGGCCCAGAAGAAUCUGAUGAGAGAUCAUCUGAAUGGUUGAGAACAGAGGAAAAAGGCGAGUGCUCCCAACAUUCGAAGAGCAGUGUUAGUGAGUAUGGAUGUAGCACUAGUAUCAGUGAUGAGAGUCAAUUUGGCUUGUGCAACUAUAACAACAGGCCCCAUAUGGCGAAGGAUCUCCGUUGGAUAACCAUUCGCCAGUUGGCAUUGCAACAGGGAUCCUUAGGACUUGAUAAUUUCAAGCUUCUGAAGAGGCUUGGAUGUGGGGACAUUGGGACUGUGUAUCUUGCGGAGUUGGUUGAUUCGGAUUGCUUGUUUGCCUUGAAGGUUAUGGAUAUUGAGUACCUGAUUAGUAGAAAGAAGAUGCUGCGAGCACAGGCUGAGAGAGAGAUACUUGAAAUGCUUGAUCAUCCUUUCCUUCCCACUCUUUAUGCCCAUUUUACCACAGACAAUCUCUCAUGCUUGGUCAUGGAGUACUGUCCAGGUGGUGAUUUGCAUGUUCUUCGUCAAAGACAGCCCGGUAGAAACUUUCCAGAGCCAUCUGCGAGGUUUUAUGUUGCCGAAGUUCUCCUUGCGCUGGAAUAUCUUCACAUGCUGGGAGUCAUAUACCGUGAUCUUAAGCCAGAGAAUAUCCUAGUCCGUGAUGAUGGUCACAUCAUGCUAUCAGACUUCGAUCUCUCUCUGAGGUGCUCUGUUAGCGCCGUGCUCCUCCGAUCAUCGUCUGUAGCAGCAAAUCACCAACCAAAGAAACAUGCAGGACCUUGUGCUGAGAGCAACUGCAUGAAUUCGUCAUGCCUCCAGCCCACCUCUUGUGCCCAAACAUCUUGCUUCAGGCCACGUCCCUCGAUACCUAAGCCACGGAAGCCUAAAUCUUCCUUGAAGAGACUGCCUCAACUUGUUGUAGAGCCUACAGAAGCACGCUCCAAUUCCUUUGUUGGCACACAUGAGUAUCUCGCACCAGAAAUCAUCAAAGGGGAUGGCCACGGGAGUGCUGUUGACUGGUGGACUUUCGGUGUCUUCCUAUAUGAACUUCUAUACGGUAAGACACCCUUCAGAGGUCCUGGAAAUGACGAAACAUUGGCAAAUGUUGUUUCCCAGAAUCUCCGGUUCCCCGAUAACCCAGUUGUCAGCAGCAAUGCCAGAGAUCUCAUCAGAGGGUUGCUAGUCAAGGAGCCAGAGAACAGACUGGGAACGUUGAGAGGAGCAGCCGAAAUCAAGCAACACCCUUUCUUUGAAGGCUUGAAUUGGGCCUUGAUACGAUCUGCUGCCCCGCCAGAGACACGACCUUGCGACGUUGUGACUCUUGCGACAGUACGGAAGAAGAAAGAAGGCAAAUGCCUAGACUUCAGUAAUGCCGAGGAGGUGGAAUUUGAAGUUUUCUAGUGAGGUCUUGGUACAGUUUAGUAGAAUUUCCGCCGUUAGUCUACAAAUUUUCUAUUGAGUAGCCAAAGGCUGGGGGUGUACAUGUACAUUCUUGUAUGUUCAUUGUUCAGUUACUACUAUGUUCCUGUUAAUAGAUCACACAAUCAAAAGGAA